CCUCAAUUUGCCAGACCACGCCCAUAAACAAAAUGAGCUACGAGUUGUACAGGCACACAACUCUUGGGGUUUGCUUACAAGAUGCACUGGACGAGAUGAUCGGGACACAGCAGAUCAACCCACAGCUGGCUCUCAGGGUACUCAAGCAAUUCGACAAGAGCGUCGGUAAGGCUCUCUCCUCUCGCGUGAGGACCAGAUACAAUUUCAAAGGAAAACUCAAAACAUACAGAUACUGUGACAAUGUAUGGACAUGUCUAGUACAAGACGUCGAACUCAAGGAAACACAGGCAGCUGAUGUGGUCCAAGUGAACAAGGUCAAGAUAGUCGCCUGUGAUGCCAACAAUAGCUCUAGUGCUGCCUCCAAAGCAGCAAAAAGCUGAAAAAAACUCCUUGAUCAUAAUGCCCACAUCAAUAUUAUUAUAGACCCUUUCCAAAUAAAUAAUUAUUGUUUUGUUUUACAUCAAAGAGACCAAUGGUCAAAUGAA